AACCGAUUCCGUCUCAUUGAUUACGACAUCGUGUAGUUACAAUAUGGUAUAAGAACCAAUAUUUGAUAUUAUAAAACAUAAAUAUAAAUAUAUAUGAACAGAUUAACAAAUGACUAUGUCUGAUAUUAAAUCAUCUCUAAUGUUCCUGGAUUAUUUUAAUCCCCACAUUUUCUAUCUAGUGAAAUUAUUCGUCCCUGUCAUUAAACUGUGAUUCAUCGUUUGUGAACGAUGAAACUAAGAACGACUCAAUUACGCAGCUGAAUUGAAGCUGUGACGAAAGGGGACGGAGAGAAUUGGAAGUCUUUGGCUGUUUGCAACACGAGUACUUGUCAGAUCAACUUGUCGAGAAAUACUAUUGCUGAAAUCCAGAUCGUGAAAUUGAAAUAUUUUUGGGUGUCUGAUGGCGGUGGGGAAGAUGGCUGUGUCUGUGGAUGCUGUGCGAGAAAAGGCGCUCCAUGAUUAUAGAAAAAAACUUCUGGAACACAAAGAGGUUGAGAGCCGAUUAAAAGAAGUGAGGGAACAGUUGAAAGAUCUUACGAAGCAAUAUGAUAAGUCCGAAAAUGAUCUCAAAGCUCUCCAGAGCGUUGGCCAGAUAGUUGGAGAGGUCUUGAAACAACUAACAGAAGAGAAAUUUAUUGUGAAAGCAACAAAUGGUCCUCGUUAUGUGGUGGGAUGUCGAAGACAACUAGACAAGGCAAAAUUGAAAUCUGGAACUCGAGUAGCUCUUGACAUGACAACAUUAACUAUAAUGCGCUAUCUUCCUCGAGAAGUGGACCCUCUUGUGUAUAAUAUGUCCCAUGAAGAUCCUGGAGAUGUUACAUACUCUGCUAUUGGUGGUCUGAGUGAGCAAAUUAGAGAAUUGAGAGAGGUAAUAGAGUUACCUUUGUUGAAUCCAGAACUUUUCCAACGUGUGGGCAUUACUCCUCCAAAAGGAUGUCUGUUGUAUGGCCCUCCUGGAACUGGGAAGACUCUUCUUGCCAGAGCAGUUGCCAGUCAGCUUGAUGCAAACUUCCUGAAGGUUGUAUCCAGUGCAAUUGUUGAUAAGUACAUUGGAGAAAGUGCUCGUCUCAUUCGAGAAAUGUUCAACUAUGCCAGAGAUCAUCAACCAUGUAUCAUUUUUAUGGAUGAAAUUGAUGCUAUUGGUGGUCGGCGGUUUUCAGAAGGAACAUCUGCAGAUCGUGAGAUACAGCGUACUUUAAUGGAACUCCUGAACCAAAUGGAUGGAUUUGAUUCUCUUGGACAAGUUAAAAUUAUCAUGGCAACCAAUAGACCUGACACACUAGAUCCUGCUUUGCUCAGACCUGGACGUUUGGAUCGAAAAAUUGAAAUACCCUUGCCAAACGAACAAGCUAGACUUGAAAUUUUGAAAAUCCAUGCUGGACCUAUUGCAAAGCAUGGAGAAAUUGAUUAUGAAGCUGUUGUGAAGUUAUCAGAUGGUUUUAAUGGUGCAGAUUUAAGGAAUGUGUGCACUGAAGCUGGACUUUUCGCUAUCAGAGCAGAACGUGAAUAUGUAAUUCAAGAAGAUUUUAUGAAAGCUGUCCGUAAAGUGGCAGAUAACAAGAAACUUGAAUCUAAACUGGACUAUAAACCAGUUUAAAGUAAUAAUUUUUGCCUUUUCUCUUUUUUUUCUUUCUAAAACUGUAUUCUUUUCCUUCUAACAUAAUAAAGAAAUGCUAUAUUAUGAAAUGUCUUCUACUUUUUAAAAAAUCUUUAAGAUAUUAUUAUCUCUCUUGGUCUUGUAAAUAUCGUGUAUGAAGCAAGAAUCGUACAGAUUCGAAAUGCAAGAUGGCAUUGCACUACUACGUAUUAAAAGCAAUGGAGUUUCUUAU